GAAAAUUUGUACAAAUUAAUUUCUACCAAACAGCUAUUUAAUCGAUUUCGUUCAGAUGUAAUUAAGUUUCCCACAUCUGAAAAUAGACAUGCAGAUGGUACUGAUGUGGCAGGAAUUGUCAAAUAUUUGCGUGCAAAUUGUAAAAGAGUUGUCCGUAUUGUAUCUUCUUUUGAACUCGGUAUAGAGACAAUGUUCUUUUAA